UAGGAGUGAAAGGGAGGGGCAAGAAUAACAACGUGGUCGGUCGAGUCGUCAGUUCAGUCCAUUCAACGCUAGCCGGCAAACGUUUAGACUAGUAUUUUCCUGUAGAGUUGUAUCGUUCGAUGAUGGCCAUGGCGGUGCACGAGGCCGGGCUCAAAUCUUCGGAUGAGGAUUUGAAAUGGUUGGGAGAAUUACCGACCGGUGGUAAACUUCAAAAGUACAGAUCCCUCGCGUCUUUUUCAUGGAAAGACAUGCGCAUCGUUCUAGAAGAUCCGGAUAAAUUGAGAUUCAAGAUCGAGGUUUGGAAAGCGAUGGAAGCGGAUCCAGAGUUUUAUCCUUAUUACAACACAACACCGAGCUCGGAUGAGCAGAAAAGGAGAGCUGCCAGGCAGCUCGCGAGGCUCAAUCAUGUCAAACUUUUACCGGCAAAUAUUAAUCAAUUCAGUUACAAGCGCAAGACUGGUCUCAUAAUGACCCUGAACGAAGCAACGGCUAUACUGAGUCCUUCGUUAUCGGUUAAAAUAGCCCUCGGGGUUUAUAUUUUCGGCAACACGAUAUUGAGUUUGGGGACAGAAAGACAUCUGCCUAUAUUUCAUGCUGUAUGGAACAAACAACUGCUCGGCUGUUUCGCACUUACGGAAGUCGGCCAUGGCAGUAAUACCAAAAUGAUGAGAACAACGGCCACUUAUGAUCGGAACACUGAUGAAUUCGUUCUCCACACGCCUGACUUUCAAGCCGCUAAAUGCUGGGUCGGUAAUUUAGGCAAAACUAGUACGGUCGCGAUUGUAUUUGCUCAGCUAAUAACACUCAACGAAUGUCAUGGCCUUAACGCAUUUAUCGUACCGGUCAGGGACCCGAAAACGUAUCUUCCUUUUCCUGGCAUAAUUAUUGGUGACAUGGGUGACAAAAUGGGCCUCAAUGGAAUUGACAACGGAUUUAUCAUGUUCGACAACUACAGAAUACCAAAGGAAAAUUUAUUGAACAGAACUGGCGACAUCACACCCGAAGGCGAAUACGAAAGUUCCUUUUCGGAUCCCCAAAGGAUUCUUGGCGCUGUAUUGGAAACCUUGUCUGCUGGCCGGAUGGGAAUUUGUCAGGAAGCUACAAAUACCCUGGGAGCUGCAGUGGUAAUAGCGACAAGAUAUGCAGCCGUAAGAACGCAAUUCGCAUCGUGUCUUUCCGGAGAGAGCGAUCUCAUCGAGACACCGAUUAUCGAAUACGAGCUUCACCAAUGGAGAUUGUUUCCUCACUUGGCCGCGGCCUGUGUAUUUAGAAUCUUCAUGACGGAUUUCACUCAAGUAUACCUGGAGAAUGUCGAAAAAUCAAUGGAAGGUGGAGACGUUCCCGAUCUCAGUCAAAUUGUGUCCGAGAUUCAUUCGAUAGUCUCCGCCAUAAAACCUCUUAUGACAUGGACUGUCAAAGAUGCGAUUCAAGAAUGCAGGGAGGCUUGUGGUGGUCAUGGAUAUCAUAAGGCUGCAAAUCUUGGUGAUUUGGGAGUAAAUCAUGAGCCGACUGUAACAUACGAGGGUGACAACAAUGUUCUCGUACAGCAAACGAGUAAUUGGUUACUGAGACAAUGGAACGAAGUACAAACAAACUCGACAAUCGGAAGUCCCUUGUCUUCCAUUACUUUUCUUUUGAAAGGAACAACUAUUCUUAAAAACACGUUUGAGGCUACAAGUGUCAACGGCGUAAUGACGCUCGAUUUCAUACGACGAACUUACGAAUGGCUCGUAACUUGGCUAAUUCUCGAGACACAGGAAAAAAUUGAGGAAGGUGUCUCUAAAGGGCUCGAUAAUUUCGCAGCUCGUAGUAAAGCUCAAGUUUAUCGAGCCGCUCAUCUUUCACGGGCUUAUGGCGAGAUGACUGUCGUUAAGUACUGCAUGACAAGGUUGGAAAAUUCGCAUUGGGAGACGCCUAGAAAACGAAAUGUCAAAUCGGUUCUAGAAAAGCUACUACUUUUGUACUCAUUAUCCUGUCUUGAGAAACAUUUGGCUUCCUUCUAUCAGGGUGGAUUUUGCACGGGACCUAAGUUGGCUGAGUUCAUUAGAGAUAGCAUCCUGAUUCUUUGCUCUGAAAUAAAACCGGAAGCCGUCGCUAUCGCUGAUUCCUUAGCACCACCGGAUUUCGUUCUGAAUUCUGCUCUCGGAAUGUCGGAUGGCAAAGUUUACGAGCGUUUGGAAGAAGCAUUCCGUUGCAACGCCGGAGGCAUGGAGAGGGCGUCAUGGUGGCCCGAAUUGCUAUCGGCAGCCCGAAAUCCUCUCCAAUUUGUACGAUCCAAACUUUGACCUCGAUCCACAAAAGUUUAGGAUGAAAAAAGGACUAAAUUACAAUUAAUUCAUUUGCGAAAUAAUUCCAAUUUAUCGAAUCGUAUUAACACACCCGAGUAAUUAUUUUUUUCACGAAUUCUUUGACAGAGUUUAUUUUUACUCAUAUUUUCUUCCUAUAAUAUAUUAUACAGCUUUAAGAAAAAAAAAACCAAACGAAUUGUACAGAGCAUUGUUGACAGAAGUCCUAGCGAUUGCCGAAACUUUUUUUUUAAAUAUUUUACUCCGUUAAUGAUUGUUGGUCAUUGAUUUUAUUCGAGUGUUAUUUAUUCAAGUAUAUUAAUCGAUGAAAGGAUACAUAAGAAUCAGAUGAGUAUUCCGAUAUUUGGAAGAAAAUGAGAAUAAAUUCGAAAUAUUUGUAACAAAUGAAUGAUGAAUCGAUGGACGUUUUCACGAUUCGCGUACUUUUCAGUAGGACGGAGUCUGAAAGUAUUUUAUUUUUAUAGCGAUCGAAAUCUUUGAACAGCACGCAACUUGUGAACUUUGCUAAACUCACUUUUUUAAACUAUUGCACAUUGAACGAGUAAUAAAUUUGACAUCAACUUUCCAUUCUCGUUCUCGACUGGACGUGAAUUUCUUGUCAAAGUCUCCGGAGCUCCGGUGAUCAGUUCUUUGAAUCGCGAGGCGAUUCGUUGCCACGUUAUCAAAUCUUUGGCCUGUAAUAAUGUGAGGUGAACUUCUGUUAUGUUGUAUAAAAAUUUAAGGAGAAGUGAUUUUUUUAUUACAUCAAAUACUCCAAUAAAUAUUUUGUUUCCAAUUU